AUCUCCCGGUGCGUUUGCAGGUGACCGAGGGACCCCAGCGGGAGCAGGGGGGACCGGACCAUCAUGGCACACCCCAUCUCAGCCUUCCAGGCUGCCUACAUCUCUAUCGAAGUCCUCAUCGCUUUGGUAUCCGUGCCGGGAAAUAUCCUGGUCAUCUGGGCUGUGAAGAUGAACCAGGCUCUGCGGGAUGCCACCUUCUGCUUCAUUGUCUCUCUGGCAGUGGCCGACGUGGCCGUGGGGGCUCUGGUCAUCCCCCUGGCCAUCAUCAUCAACAUCGGACCYCAGACGGAGUUUUACACCUGCCUCAUGGUGGCCUGUCCCGUCCUCAUCCUCACCGAGAGCUCCAUCCUGGCACUCCUGGCCAUCGCCGUGGAUCGAUACCUGCGCGUGAAGAUCCCCGUCAGGUAUAAGAGCGUGGUGACACCGCGGCGGGCAGCCGUGGCCAUCGCCUGCUGUUGGAUCGUCUCCUUUCUGGUGGGACUCACCCCCAUGUUUGGCUGGAACAACCUUCAUAAGAUGCAGAGGACUCAGGAACUGAACGGCAGCCACACAGAGUUUGUCAUUACAUGCCAGUUUGAGACGGUCAUCAGCAUGGAGUACAUGGUGUACUUCAACUUCUUYGUCUGGGUCCUGCCUCCCCUGCUGUUGAUGCUGCUCAUCUACCUGGAGGUCUUCAACCUCAUCCGCAAGCAGCUCAACAAGAAGGUGUCCUCCAGCUCCAACGAUCCCCAGAAGUACUAUGGGAAGGAGCUGAAGAUCGCCAAGUCCUUGGCGCUGGUGCUCUUCCUUUUUGCGCUCAGCUGGCUGCCCCUGCAUGUCCUCAACUGCAUCACCCUGUUCUGCCCGUCCUGCCAGACCCCGCACAUCCUCACCUACAUUGCUAUCUUCCUCACCCACGGCAACUCGGCCAUGAACCCCAUUGUCUACGCCUUCCGCAUCAAGAAGUUCCGGACAGCCUUCUUGCAGAUCUGGAACCAGUAUUUCUGCUGCAAAACCAACAAAAACGCCACCAGCACCACCACAGCUGAGACAGGCAACUAGGAACUGGCAGAGGGCAGAGAGGGGGUCUGUGCCCACCUGGUCCCCACCUGGAUGUUGUUCCUGCUGUCCCAGGAAGGGGUAGUGAGGACUCGAGGGGUUCUGAGUUCAGCAGCCCCAGGCAGUCCCCAGAGCCGCCUUGGGGGGUUAUUUAUUCGCAAUCAUUGUACUGUUUGGAUAUUGUAGCCUGCACUGUUCCUUCUGGUUUGGUUUUAUUUUUCCCAGUUUGUUUUUGUUUUUCAUUUUUUUAAGGGUUGCCAAGUAUUUAAGGAGAAAUUGUACAGACAAACGCGCAGUUUAUCUUCAUGCAAAUAAAGUCCAGUUAUGCAAACCA